AUGGCCUCCAAGACCCUCGCUGAACGGGCCCAGACCUUCCGCGCCCUCCACCGCCCCGGCCACCCACUCGUGCUCGCCAACGUAUAUGACGUCCUCUCAGCCCAAGCCGUGGCGCCGCUGCCCACCUGCCACGCCGUCGCGACUGCAUCGUACGCUGUGGCCCUCGCUGCUGGCACGAGCGACGACAAUCUGACACUGGACCAGAACCUCGCUGCCGCGAGACUGAUCGGCAAGGUGGCCGCGGAGCACCACAAGCCCCUCACCGUGGACCUGCAGGACGGGUACGGCGACAGGCUCGAGGAGGCGGUGCGUCGGGCCAUCGUCGACGCCGGGGCCGUGGGCGUCAACCUCGAAGACUACGACAGGAGCAACGACCGGUUCUAUUCGGCGGACGAGGCGGCGGAGCGUGUGAAGGCUGCCGUCGCGGUCGGCAUGGCGCAGGGGUUGCGGGACUUUGUGGUCAACGCGAGAUGUGACGCGCUGGUGCACGGCGGCGGCGGGAUCGACGAGGUGAUUGAGCGAGGCCAACGGUAUUUGGCCGCCGGGGCCACGACGGUGCUGGUCGAGGCCUUUGACGGCCGCUUGAAUGUCUCCCUGAAGUGGACUGGUGGGUUGACGGUCUCGGAGCUGGCGGAUAUGGGUGUCGCGAGGAUCAGUGUUGGUCCGGCCAUUGCGUUGCUCGCUGUGGCCGAGUAUGGGCGGCAGGCGAAGUAUUUGCUUGAACAGGCUCGCAGUUAG